AAUUAGAGUUAUCGCACUUGCAUUAUCCUUGGAAGUUUGUGGCGUGUCCUAAUUAGGAGAGGCAAAUGCAAGUGAUUCUUGGAAAUGAAAACAUUUAGUAAAUGCCCAAUGAAAAUCAUGCGCGGCAAAAAUCUGGACCCGGUCGUCCAGAUAGCGUCGUUUUUCAAAUUCUUUUAGGACGCCGUGAAAAGUACAUGUGUGUUGGAUAGCUUCAAAUUAUUUUAAGCGCAUCACUAAAGAAUUAGAAGUAUAUAUUUUCAGUAUAUAUACAAUGCCUCCAAAGAGACAGUCAAGUAGGGCACGAGCGGUUCCACCCACUACUUCCCGACAAGGAAAGAAAAGACGGUUGGUAGCAGACCAGAUCUCGGUACCUGAUGAUGUGGUGGAAGAAAUCACCAAAACUGUCACUGAUAGGGUUACGGCUUCAAUAACAACACUUAUUAAUGAAGUUGUCAACACUAGAUCAUCGAAUUUGAAUAAUCAGGGGAGUAUAGUCAAUAGUAAUGUGCAAGCAUCUCCACAGAUUGCCAUCUCAGAUAAUAGUGUCACUGUAAAUGCUCAGUCUAGUGUAUUGCCCGAGGCCACUGAGUCAAAUAAAGGUAGGGGACAAACAGGAUUUGUCAGCACAGCAGUGCCAAUAGAAGCUCUGGUGUCUGACCAAAUCAAGGCUAAGAUAUGGUCUAAUCAGUGCAUUGAUUUUGUUGAACUUUUAUCAAAGGAAAAACAGAAGAAGGGUAAGUUCUCUUUGCAAGUAGAAAAUAGUGAUACUCAGGGGAAGUUAACCAUUCACCAGGUUGAGAACGAUGCCGAAAACAAGUCAAAUGUUUCCUCUAUGCAUGACUGGAUUACAGCUUGGAACAGGUAUGCAGCAAUAUAUUGUAUAAAAUACCCUGAACAGCAGUCAAAAUUAGCCAAGCAUUUAGAGGCAGUGAGAGAUAUUGCUGAUGCCAAAGGUAAUUGGAAAAAUUACGAUGCAGAAUUUAGACAGCUUGUAUCUCAAGGACAAGUUGCAUGGGGUGAUGUUCACAUGGAAUUGUAUGUAAAUGCUAGACUCAAAACUGAUCUAUUGACAAAAGUAAGUAGUGAAAAUAAAGACGCACCGUCAGGGCCCAUCCCAAAAGGGGCUUGUUUCAAUUAUCAUGCAGGUAAGCAGUGUCGUGCAGGUCUAUCCUGUCGUUUCCAACAUAUGUGUUACAACUGUGGCAGCAACCACCCAUUUAAUCACUGUAACAAACAAACACAGCAGCCCUUUCGUUUCCUUAGAAAAUUCUACACCCAAACAAAUAAAAAUAACAAAGAAUUUACCAACCCUUCCAAACAAAGGAAUGACACCAGUAAAAGUAAGUAGAUUGGCAAAAUGGUUAGCUGGAUAUGAUGAAGAUGAAUCCAAAUAUCUAAUAAAUGGUUUCUCUAAUGGGUUUUCGUUGGGUUUUGUGGGUGAAUGCCCUGGUGUUGAAUCAAAGAAUUUAAAUUCUGCUUUCCAAAACCCACAGGUUAUAUCUAGUAAGAUACAAAAGGAAAUUUUGGCUGGGAGGGUUUAUGGAUCUUUUGAAAUCAAACCAAUACCUGAUUUACAAUGCUCUCCAUUAGGCUUAGUUGAAAAGAAAGAACCUGGGGAAUACAGAAUGAUUCAUCAUCUAUCAUAUCCAGAAAACAAGUCCAUCAAUGAUGGGAUUCCACCGGAUGAGUCAUUUGUUCAAUACUCAUCGGUUUCAGAUGCUAUUCAAUUAAUAAAAAAUUGUGGAAAAGGUGCAUACUGCUGCAAGACAGAUAUAAAAUCGGCUUUUAGAAUUAUUAACAUGCAUCAAUCACAAUUUAAGUACUUAGGUUUCAAGUGGAAUAACAAAUAUUAUGUGGACUCCUGCUUGCAAUUUGGUCUUAGUUCUUCUUGUAGAAUUUUUGAAAGAUUUUCAACAGCAUUACAAUGGAUAGCUCAGAAUAAACUGAAAAUAUCUUGCAUAUCCCAUGUUUUAGACGAUUUUAUAAUCAUUAAUAAAUCACCUACUGAAUGUGUUAAACAGUUGAAGGCAUUCCUCGAUAUGUUGAUGGAUAUAGGGGUCCCAAUAUCACUUGAAAAAACAUGUGGACCCAGCCAGAUCAUAACUUACUUGGGAUAUGAAUUGGAUUCAGUUAAAAUGGAAUCUAGGCUUCCAGAUGAUAAGAUCCUUAAGUGUGUUACGAAAAUUGAAUCAAGUUUACAACAACAAAAAUUGACACUCAAGGAAUUGCAGUCACUGAUAGGUUUAUUGAAUUUUGCAUGUAAUGUAGUAUUGCCCGGUAGGUCUUUUCUUAGGAGACUGAUAGACUUGACUAUUGGAAUUAAAAAG